AUGGUGGAACUAAGGGUGAGGAGAGGGGUGUCUAUUUCUGAGAACCAGCUUGGGUUUAUGCCGGGGCGUUCGACUACAAAAGCCAUUCAUAUUGUUGUGAGAUUGAUGGAACAAUAUAGGGAGAGGAAGAUGGACUUUCAUAUGUUGUUCAUCGAUUGUAAAAAGGCUUAUGAUAAAUUCCUGAGAGAGGUUUUGUGGAGAUGUUUGGAGGCUAGAGGGGUACCUGUGGCCUACAUUAUGGUGAUUAAAGACAUGUAUGAUGGAGCGAAGACCUUUGUGAGGACAAUGGGAGGGUUCUCAGACCAUUUUUCGGUUUUGAUGGGUUUGCAUAUAGGGUCGGCAUGCUGCUCUUUUUUGUUUGCGCUUGUAAUGGACGUAUUGACUAACCACACACAAGGGGAGAUGUUGUGGUGCAUGUUAUUUGCAGUUGAAAUUGUUUUGAUUGACAAACCUCGAGACGGUGUUAACGCGAGGUUAGAGGUAUGGAGUCAGACCCUAAAGUAUAAAAGUUUCAAGCUGAGUAGUACCAAGAUAGAAUACUUUGAGUGUAUGUUUAGUGGAGCUACUCAGGGAGUAGAAGAGGAGGUAAGGCUUGAUUCACAAGCUAUUCAUAGGAGGGGAAGUUUUAACUACUUUGGUUCUAUUAUACAGGGGAAUGGGGAGAUUGAUGAAGAUGUCACACAUCGUAUUGGGGCAGGAUGGAUUAAAUAG